GGAUGGAUCGUGACUAUGGCCAUGGAUCCUGUGGGGGUCAAAGAUCCAUGGACUCCUACCUAAACCAGUCAUAUGGCAUGGACAGUCACAGUGGUGGUGGUGGGGGUAGCAGCAUAUGAGUGAUUUUGGAAGCAUUCAUAGACCUGGAAUUGUUGUUGACUAUCAAAACAAACCCACCAAUGUGACAGUUACUGCUGCAAGAGGAAUAAAGAGAAAAAUGAUGCAACCAUUUAAUAAGCCUGGUGGAACCUUUAUCAAGAAACCCAAGCUAGCAAAACCUGUGGAGAAGAUGAGCCUCAGCAAAUCACCCACAAAAACAGAUCCUAAAAAUGAAGAAGAAGAAAAGCGACGAAUUGAGGCUCGGCGAGAGAAACAAAGGCGCAGAAGAGAAAAAAACAGUGAGAAAUAUGGAGAUGGAUACAGAAUGGCAUUCACAUGUUCAUUUUGUAAAUUUCGAACAUUUGAAGAAAAAGAUAUUGAACUGCAUCUGGAAAGUUCUUCACACCAGGAAACAUUAGAUCAUAUUCAAAAACAAACCAAAUUCGAUAAAGUAGUUAUGGAAUUUUUGCAUGAAUGUAUGGUAAAUAAAUUCAAGAAAACAUCUAUUCGUAAGCAACAGACAAAUAAUCAAACAGAAGUAGUCAAAAUAAUUGAAAAAGAUGUCAUGGAAGGUGUUACUGCAGAUGAUCACAUGAUGAAAGUAGAGACUGUUCACUGCAGUGCUUGCAGUGUGUAUAUCCCUGCUUUACAUAGCUCAGUUCAGCAGCACUUAAAAUCUCCUGAUCAUAUCAAAGGGAAGCAGGCUUAUAAGGAACAAAUAAAAAGAGAGAGUGUCUUGACUGCUACAAGCAUUUUAAAUAAUCCAAUAGUGAAGGCGCGAUAUGAACGUUUUAUUAAGCUAAUUCAUUUUCAUUCUUUAGAUCUCCGUCGAGAUGUCAACUCUGAGCAAGUCCUCUCUGAUUCUCCUGAGGUUGAGUUGCUUGGACCUCAUUUGUGGUCCCAGCUCCUGAACUUGCCCCCCACAGCUUUGCUCCACUGCAUGGUAACUGCUGAUUCUCUUGUCCUGUAUGCAACUAUGCUUCGGAAGAAGGUCCUACGGAUACUUUCACAGGCUCUCAGAGUGAGUGACUCUGAUUCAACUCCCUCAAGCGACACCUACAUGGUCACCAUUUUGACCCAAGCUACCAUCAGUCCUCACCUGGAUUAG